AUGCCCUUGUCUGAAGGCAAUUUUGCAAGUGCCACCGCUAUAACCAUGGGCAACAUAGCAAGGCCAGGCUGCCUUACACAGUGCGGGAACUUGACAGUUCAGUACCCUUUCGGCAUAGGCAAAGGCUGUUCCUUGGACGAGUCAUUUGAACUGACCUGCAACUUGACUUAUAAACCCCCUAAGCUUUUUAUAGGGUCGGGAAACAUUGAAAUCUACAGCAUAUCAGAUUCCGAGAUGAGAAUUUACAAUCGAGUUGCUUACAAGUGCUACAACGCAUCUGGGAAUGUAACUGAUGAACUUGAUGCGUGGACCAACUUGGAGACCACCCCUUUCACUUUUUCACAGAAGAACAAGUUCACUGUCAUUGGAUGCGAUGAUUUUGCUUUGAUCGGAGGAACAAAUGGAGCCGAGUUCACUAGUGGCUGUUUGGGAGCAUGCAGCAACGCAAAUGACGUCCCUGCUGAUGGGUACUGCUCCGGAAUUGGCUGUUGCCAGACAGCAAUACCAAAGGGUCUCAAAUUUUACCAAACUACAGUCCUAACCAUUGAUAACCAUACAGCAGUUCAGUCGUUCAAUCCUUGUGGUUUAGCAUUUCUUGGUGAGGAAGACAGCUUUCAGUUUGGUGGUGCACAUGAUUUGUAUAAUGCUACAGAGUUUUAUGAUAGGACAAUUGCAAGUGUCCCGGUGGUGGUCGAUUGGGUGAUUGGAGGCAACUGGAGUUGCGCACAGGCUAGUACUGAAUGCAAGGGAAAUAGCGUCUGUAGUGAUGCAGAUAUUGGUGGGUAUCGUUGCAGCUGCAACAAAGGUUACGAGGGCAAUCCUUAUCUUGAUCCAGGAUGCCAAGGGAGUUACAACUAUACAUGUUUGCCAGGAAACACUGGUGAUGCAAGAACAGUAGAUGGCUGUCGACCUGUUGCUAAAAAUUCAAAAUUCCCAGCUAUGGUAUUUUGCUUAGCUCUGGUGUUUGGCUUCGUGGCCAUGUUAUCUGGGAUAACUGGGAUUUGCUUAGGCAUAAGGAAGAGGAAACUAAUCAAGCUACGAGAAAAGUUUUUUGAGCAAAAUGGUGGUGUGUUUCUGAAACAAAAGCUCAAGGCACCCGGGGCUAGUGAUAACGUGACAAUAUUUAGUACUCAACAGCUCAGAAAAGCAACUGAUAACUAUUCCGAGGAGCGGAUUGUUGGGCGUGGUGGUUAUGUUGUAGUGUAUAAAGGAAUCUUGCAGGAUGAACGUGUUGUUGCAAUAAAGAAGUCUAAACUAGUGGAUGGGACCCAAGCAGAGCAAUUCAUCAAUGAAGUCUUGAUCCUUACACAAGUCAUCCAUAGAAAUGUGGUUAAGCUGUUAGGCUUUUGUUUGGAAGAGGAGGUACCAAUACUAGUUUAUGAGUUCAUCUCGAAUAACACACUUUUCUAUCACAUUCAUCAUGGAUCAGGUGGAGUGAGUUGGUUAUCAUGGGAGAAUAGAUUGAGAGUUGCUGCUGAAGCUGCCUUUGGUGUGGUCCUUGCGGAACUUAUAACUGGGCAAAAACCCCUUUCUCCAGAUAGAAUUAAUGUGGAAAAAAAUUUAGCAACACACUUUCUCAAUUCAGUGAAAGAAAACCGUUUCCUUCAGAUUGUUGAACCGAGAGUACUACGCGAAGCGACUGUUGAGCAGUUACAAGCAGUACGUGAGCUCACAAGGAGAUGCCUUCACUUAGUAGGAGAAAAUAGACCAACUAUGAAAGAGGUGGCAAUGAUGCUAGAGGGUUUUAGGAAGUUCACAACUCAUCCUUGGGUUCAUCAAGAAACAAGCGAAUCGAGAAGCUUAAUCCUAGAAGUCAAGCAAUCUGAUGUUUAUAGUGUCCUGCAAAAUCCCAUAUAG